UCAGGCACCAGGCAUCAGCUAACUGCAGCAGGCAGCACCUACCAGUCUUUAGCCAUCAGAUACCUACUAGCUAUCAGUAUGCUGUCCCCCCCCUGCCUGCUGGCGCUGGUCGUGGCGCUGGGCGCGCUGCACGGGGCGCAGGCGCACGCUCGCACGUUCACCGUGUGCCAGCUGUCUAGAGAGCUGCAACGGUAUAACUUCCCGAGGAACCUGAUUGGACGAUGGGUAUGCCUGGUGGACCACGCCAGCGGUCGGACCACGGACAAAGUGACUACCCACGACAACGGCUACUACAGCUACGGACUCUUCCAGAUAAACAACAAGGAAUGGUGCAAGAAAGGCAGAAAAGGCGGACUAUGCAGCAUGAAGUGUGAAGAUCUCCUGAACGAAGACCUCGCUGACGACGUGAGGUGCGCCAAGCGGGUGUACGACAGACUCGGCUUCAAGGGCUGGCCGGCGUCCCACGCCCACUGCAAGGACAAGAACCUACCCGACCUGUCCCGGUGUUAGGACACGACAGUGGGAGGCCGCUUCUUGCCUAUCUGUAGAACUAUGGAGACGCGUGACGAAACAUACACCUCUGUACUGAAAUGUUUACUACCAAAUUACCAGUCAAGUAAUGAUUUGAUUAAAUAUGUGUGAUAGACUGGCUCUCGGAGGCAGUUAUCGGUCGUAGGUCUUCCAGAAGGCCUCGCACGGGGCGCAAGACGCGCAAGCCAAGGCGUGACAAAAGAUUUGCGUGGCGC